AUGCUGUCAUUCUGGUACACCUUAUUGCUGGUUGGCCUGGUAGGGGCCAAAAGGCCUAAUAUAUUGUUUAUUAUGACCGACGAUCAGGACUUACAUAUGACUCCCCCUGCCACAUUUAUGCCACACGUGGAGCAAUCAAUUGUGAAAGAAGGAGCAACAUUUGCAACCCAUUUCUGCACCGUUGCUCUCUGCUGUCCCUCUCGCGCCACGUUGUGGACAGGUAGAGCCGCCCACAAUACCAAUGUUACCGAUGUUGCACCUCCUUACGGCGGCUAUCCCAAAGUCGUCGCCGAAGGCUGGAACGAUAACAACUUGUUCCUGUGGAUGCAGAGCGCCGGAUACAAUACCUAUUACACGGGAAAGCUAUGGAACGCUCACACCACUCAAAACUACGAUAGUCCCUACGCUCGGGGAUUCAAUGGUUCAGACUUCCUUCUUGACCCAUACACCUAUCAAUACGACAAUGCCGUGAUGACCAGGAAUGGAGGUCGGCCUGUGAGUUACAAAGGGAACUACUCGACCGACGUGGUCGCCAAAAAGGCGAGUGGUUUUCUCAAAGAAGCCAUGUCUCACGACGAGCCAUGGUUUUUGGCUGUCGCCCCCAUCGCUCCUCACACGACCAAUAGACUGGACAGCCUCACCAACACCAAUUGGUUCGGCCCACCUUUGCCCGCUCCCCGGCAUGCCGACCUCUUCAAGAACUUUACAGUAAAACGUGACAAAUCUUUCAACGUCCCCAUUGAGGGCGCACCUGCUUGGCCAGGCAGGUUAUCGGUGUUGAACGACACCAUCAUUGCAUACCAGGACGAAUUUCAGCGACUUCGGCUACAGUCCUUGCAAGCCGUUGACGAGAUGGUCGGUGCAUUGGUGAAGCAGCUUGAUGAUGCAGGAGUCCUCAACAAUACUUAUGUCUUCUACACCACAGACAAUGGCUACCACGUCAGCCAACAUGCCAUGAUGCCCGGGAAGUAUUGUGGAUACGACACCGACAUUCAUAUUCCUCUGUACGUACGAGGUCCUGGAAUUGAAGCGGGCAGCGUCCUCAAUGCGGUUACCACUCAUACCGAUCUCGCACCGACUAUCCUCAACAUCGCUGAGGCUCCAUUGGAUCCCCACUUUGACGGCCAACCUAUCCCGUUCGACGAAGAAAAGGCAAAGGACUUCCCCGUAGAGCAUGCUACCAUCGAAUAUUGGGGUUAUGCUAUCGGAGAAGGCGAUUAUGGCUGGAAGAAUAUCUCUGGCCGCAACAUCAAUGUCUUCCUGGGCAACUCGUACAAGUCCGUUCGUAUUGUCUCCAAGGACUACAGCUUAUACUACUCGGUAUGGUGCACAAAUGAAGCCGAACUCUAUGAUCUAAAGACCGAUCCUCUCCAAACGAAAAACUUACUCGGCACCAAUGUCACCACCGAAACCCCGUUCACCAUCGCGGACCGUGGCAUCGAGCAAAUCGUCCACCGCCUCGACGCCCUCACCAUGGUCCUCAAGUCCUGCAAGGGCAAAGUAUGUAAAGAACCCUGGCACUAUUUGCACCCAGGGGGCAAGGUGAAAACCCUGACUGACGCCCUCGCCACGACCUAUGAUGCCUUCUACGCCAAUCAACCUAAGGUCUCGUAUAAGCUUUGUCUGUUUGGGUAUAAUAUGAAAAACGAGGGCCCGCAAGUCGCGAAUGUGUAUGAUGCGGGUGCGAUGAAGACGGAUACAGAAAGAGAGACGCUCGAGAGAAGGGAUAUCGAUUAUGGCGAUUCUUUUCAUUUGUGGACGUAG